AUGCUGCGUAUUUUCAGGCUGCACGUUUUCCAGCUGAUCUCUGCACCGCCCACUUUUAUCCAAAAAGUUGACGACAAAUAUGGCCAUGGACGCGAGUAACGUUCGAAAACAGCACCGAUUUGAUGAGGAUCACCUGCAUGUGUAUCUUAAGGAGAACGUCGAAGGCUUUCCUCAAGGACCUUCAAAGCUUGAAGUCCUACAAUAUAAGUCUGGUCAGUCUAACCCGACCUUUUAUCUGAAGAAAGAUGGGAGAGAGUUAGUGAUGAGGAAGAAGCCACCUGGACAGCUUCUCAGAGGAGCUCAUCAGGUUGGUAGAGAGUAUCGGAUUCAGAAAGCCCUAUACAGUGCAGGUUUCCCAGUACCCAAGCCAGUAGCUCAUUGUAAAGAUGCAUCAGUAAUUGGGACAGAGUUUUAUGUCAUGGAACAUGUUAGAGGUCGUAUCUUCCGAGACAUAGCCUUGCCUGAACUUUCUCCUGCUGAGAGGAAAGAUAUUUACUUUGCUAUGAUCAACACCUUGGCCCAUCUCCAUAGUCUGGACUUCAAGAAGUUUGGUCUCCAAGGCUACGGGAAGGAGGGAGGAUUCUGCAGGAGGCAGGUAAACACUUGGACAAAACAGUUCCAGGGUGCAAUGAAGAUAGCCUCUUUACCAGAGGUUCCAUCUGCUACAGAGCUGUUUGAAUGGCUGCCUAACAACAUUCCCAAGAACACAGAGAGGACCAGCAUUGUACAUGGAGACUACAGACUAGAGAAUAUGAUCUUUCAUCCUACAAAGCCUGUAAUAAUUGCAGUGCUUGACUGGGAGCUGUCAACCCUGGGUGAUCCAUUGACUGAUCUGGCUUAUAACUGUGCUGCAUACUACUGGCCUGAGAACAUGAACAGCGGAGCGGGCAAUCCAAUAGCUGGUGGUGGUGAUACUCAGUUUAGUGCUGUACCAGGGAUACCAAAGAGGGAGGAUUACAUGAAGGUCUACUGUGCCCAUACGGGGGUGCCUUACCCUAUCCAGGACUGGCAAUUUUAUCUGGCACUGGCUUAUUUCAGGGCAGCAUCUAUCUGUGAAGGUGUGUAUGCAAGGUCAAAGCUAGGUAAUGCUAGCUCUGAAACAGCUGAAGCGAGAGGAGCUGUAGCAAAGCAACUUUCUGAUGCUAGUCUCCUUAUAGCUAAAGGAUCCGUGUCACCACCCAAGGGAUCAGGGAUUUCAAGGAUUUCUUUGAGUGAAGACAUCAGCCCUGCCCUAGCCAUGGAGCCGUUAUCAGGGAGAGGGAGGGACCUGCUACAGAAGGUCAAGGACUUUGUCAAGAAGGAGAUCAUCCCAGCAGAAGCAGUGUAUGAGAAUCAUGUCAGAACUGCUAAGGAUCCAUGGACCAUACCACCUGUCAUGGAAGAACUUAAGGCAAAGGCUAAAGCAGCAGGAUUAUGGAACCUGUUCCUACCAUCUGAAUCCGGUUUAACCCAGUUAGAGUAUGCAUACAUGGCAGAACAGAUGGGACGCUCUCCAUUAGGAUCAGAACCAUUCAACUGUGCUGCUCCAGAUACCGGUAACAUGGAGGUACUGCACCUGUAUGGCACUCCAGAACAGAAGGAGAAGUGGCUCCGUCCUUUGCUAGAGGGUCGCAUCAGAUCCUGCUACUGUAUGACCGAACCUGAUGUUGCUUCUAGUGAUGCUACUAACAUGCAGUGUACCUUCACCAGGGAGGGAGAUGAGUAUGUCAUCAAUGGCAAGAAGUGGUGGAGCAGUGGUGCUGGUGAUCCAAGGUUAGGCGUUGCCAUAGUAAUGGGUAGGACUGGAAACAAGGAGUCUUCCACACAUAAGCAACACAGUAUGAUCAUCAUUCCAACUGAUGCACCAGGUUUUGUUAAAGUGCGCCCUCUAUCAGUGUUUGGGAGCGUAGAUGCACCACACGGGCAUUUUGAAGUGAGAUUUGACAGCGUUAGAGUGCCUGCAUCCAACAUUAUACUAGGUGAAGGAAGAGGAUUUGAGAUCGCCCAGGGUAGACUAGGACCGGGUAGGAUCCAUCACUGCAUGAGAUUACUGGGGAUGGCAGAGAGGUCGCUAGAGCUGAUGUGUCAGAGGGCGGACGAGAGGGUAGCAUUCGGGAGGAAACUUAACAAAAUGCAAGUGAUACAGCACCAGGUAGCAGAGAGUCGUAUUGAGAUAGACAUGGCUAGACUACUGGUCCUGAAGGCAGCUCAUAUGCAUGACAAGUAUGGCUCCAAGAAAGCAAGAAAAGAGAUUGCUAUGAUCAAGAUCGUUGUACCACGUAUGGCGUGUCAGGUUAUAGACCGAGCUAUCCAGAUCCAUGGUGGUGGAGGUGUAUCGGAUGAUUUCCCUCUCGCAAGGUACUAUGCUGGGGCCCGGUCUCUCCGUCUUGCCGAUGGUCCUGAUGAGGUCCAUCUCGCAUCGGUAGCCAAGCAGGAGCUCAAGGAUCAAUUCCAGAAGGCAAUGCUUUGAUUAUGUUGCAUGGGUGCUACUAAAGAAAGCAGGACAUCAUUUCAUGAAACUGUCUGAAGUAGAAGUUCACCGACAUCCCACUGAAACAUGUGUUAAAUUGAUA